AAACGCCAAUUUUUAUUCUAUUUAUCCUGAUCGCUAAGGGGAAGGGGAAUAUGGCGUUCGAGCAUUUGGUCUUAGAUACUUUCACAUAAAAAAAAAAAUUUGGAAGAGAAAACGAACAGUUGUUCUCCUUCACCUUUUGGCCCCCCAAAUGAUUCUUGUUUAGAUCUUAAUUUUAUAUAUGCAAAUAUAUAAUGUAUAUAUGUAUGUAUAUACGAUAUACCUGCAUGUAUAUAAUAAAUCGCAUCAACAGAUCGCUAGUAGCAACUUCAACAACAACAACAACAACAAUAUACCCACCGUAAUUUCGCAAGUGGGGUCAAAGAAAGCAUAGUAGAGUAGUGUGUAUGCAGACGUUUCCCCUACCUUAUGAAAGUAGAGAGGUUGUUUCAAAUACACCCUCGGCUCAAAGAAACUAGUAUGAAUCCUUAUGUUGUCAUCACCUGCCGGACUCAAGAGAAGGAAAGUAGUGUUGCAUCAGGUGAAGGAUCUGAACCUGAAUGGAAUGAGACUUUCCUUUUCACCAUCAGUCAGGGUGUCGAAGAGAUCACCCUCAGGAUUAUGGACAAAGAUACAUUCAGUUCGGAUGAUUUUGUUGGAGAAGCAACAAUUUCCUUACAUGAAGUGUUUCGUGAACGGGAAGUGCCAACACGCUCUUACAAUGUUGUCAAAGAUGAAGAAUAUUGUGGAGAGAUAAAACUUGGCCUCACUUUCACUGCUGAGUUGGACUCUAAAAGAGGAUGUGAUGAAGAAGGCUAUGGUGGACGUAGACAAUCACGCGAUGAAUACAGGGGAAGUGAUGAAGAUAAUAAUGGAGGACGUAGAAAAUCGCGCGACGACUUCAGUGGAAGUGAUGAAGAUAAUCAUGGUGGACGUAGAAAAUCACGUGACAACUACAAUGGAAGUGAUGAAGAUAAUCAUGGUGGACGUAGAAAAUCGCGCGACGACUGCAAUGGAAGUGAUGAAGAUAAUCAUAGUGGACGUAGAAACUCACGCAAUGAUUAUAGUGGAAGUGAUGACGAUAAUCAUGGUGGACGUCGAAAAUCGCGUGACAAUUACAGUGGAAGUGAUGAAGAUAAUCAUGGUGGACGUAGAAAAUCGCGCGAAGACUACAACGGAAGCAAUGAAGAUAACUAUGGUGGAUAUAGAGAAUCGCGCGAUGACUACUAAUCCAGGGAGUUGAGUUUAUUUAGUGCUCGUUUGGUUACAGGAAAUAAUCCUAGUGAUAAUAAACUCUACAUCAAUUGUUUGUUGUUUGUUACAUUCCUCAACCUUCUUUUUGUCUAUAUCAACAUGAGGUGUUGUCAA